CCUUCGCCGCCGCCGCCGCCGCCGCCGCCGAGCGAGAGAGAGAGAGAGAGAGAGGGAGAGAGAGAACACUCCAGGGAGAGGGCGUCGAGAUGGUGCAGCGGCUGACCUACCGGAAGCGGCACAGCUACGCCACCAAGUCCAACCAGACCCGCGUCGUCAAGACCCCCGGUGGAAGGCUUGUAUAUCAGUACACCAAGAAGAGGGCGAGCGGGCCGAAAUGCCCCGUCACCGGGAAGAAGAUCCAAGGAAUUCCACACCUGAGACCUGCUGAGUACAAGAGGUCCAGAUUGUCAAGGAACCGGAGGACCGUAAACCGUCCUUAUGGUGGUGUCCUGUCUGGUACUGCAGUCAGAGAGAGAAUCAUCCGGGCCUUUUUGGUCGAGGAGCAGAAGAUUGUGAAGAAGGUGUUGAAGAUCCAAAAGACUAAGGACAAGUCAGCUAAAUGAUUGCAAAAUAGACAUUGCGCGAUGUUUAAGCCUCCAAAUUUGUUUUAAGCAAUCAGGAAAAAAAUUUCUUCUGGAUUUGGGGAAAUCCUGUUCCUGCUAGCAUGUGAGAUUGAGAUGAUUGUUUAAAUUUUGAGCGCUAGUUCUCUAGAUUACUACAACCUUGUGUGGAUCAUUUUAAUGCAAGUUUUGAAACUGCCAAGUUAUGGGAAGUGUUGGAAACAUAGUGUUGAUGCUUUA